GGACACAGUGUUCCCAAACACCAUUGCAACAUUCUCUUAGAUAAGUUCAGAAAUCACUAUAGUAACCUCCUACUGAACAAUGAACGCAAUUAUGAGAAAACUCUAAAUGAAAGACUGGUAAAGAAUUGAAGAGCAGAGAAGCAGACAGUUUGGAGCUGUUCAGCAGUGAGACGGCAGGAGUGUGAGCGCACACGCAUUGGGAACUGCAGCCAUGAGACGAAAAAUAGCAUUUCUGGACUUUUGGGGGAGUAAAAAGGAGGAACAGCCACUGGUGAGGCAGCCUUUACCUUCAGAGCUGAGGAAGUUGCUAGACAACGGUGCCCUGCGAGCACAACUGCAGAAUACCAAGAUGGUGACUCUACUGCCCCCUAUUGGUACAGAGGUCUUCCGUAAGUUUACGCCAGUCUCACUGGAGGAGAUACAAAGAUGCCGACAAGUCAAAGAAAAGGAACCACACAGAAAAGAAGAUGAGAAUAUCCUGGUUACCGAAGCGCAGCGGAAUGCAAUAGGCGAAUUGGAAAGUGGGAAGCCCCUCCCGUUCAUCUUUGGUGAUCCACCUCUCGAGUUUGUCAGCACCCCACUGGAGGAACUGGAUCCCUUCUACCAAACACAGAAGACGUUCAUUGUUUUGGAUGGAAGAAAGAUCAUCCACAGAUUUAAUUCUGCUCCUGCUUGUUUCCUGCUGACUCCUUUAAACCAUGUGAGGACCGCUGCCAUCAAGAUCCUCCUCCACUUCUUUUUCCAAGCUUUUAUCCUGAUGACAGUUUUGGCAAAUUGUGCCUUCAUGACAAUGGCCAAACCUCCAGAGUGGAGUGGAGUUGUCAAAUCCACUUUUAUCUGCAUCUACGCGUUUGAGGUGAUCGUCAAAGUUGCGGCUCGAGGUUUCUGUCUCGGUCAGUUCACCUUCCUCAGGGAUCCGUGGAACUGGUUGGAUUUGAUGGUCAUCGGCACGGCAUACCUGACAAAUGUGGUGGAUUCAGAAACUGUUUCUGCACUACAAGCCCUUCCAGCACUAAAGGCCAUCACAGCAAUACCUGGUUUAAAGACAACAGUCAGCUUGCUCUUGCAAACGGUAAAGAAGAUGGCCCACGUGACCGCCCUGAGCCUCAUCUGCCUCACUGUACUAGCUGUGCUUUCGCUGCAUAUCUUCAUGGGCUACUUGAAGCAAAAAUGCGUGCUGAUGCCGCCAAGCAACCACUCAUUGGAUUACUUUGAUUUUCAAGAGUACAUCAACAAUCCUGUCAACUAUUAUUAUCAGCCUGGAAGCAUCGAUGCUUUGCUGUGCGGAAACAGUUCUGAGGCUGGGAUCUGUCCAGAGGGCUAUACUUGUAUGAGGGGGGGGCCCAACCCAAAUUAUGGCUACACAAGCUAUGAUUCCUUUGGUUGGGCUUUCCUUGCUAUGGUUAGAUUGAUGACUCAGGACUUCUGGGAGAAUCUUUUUCAAUUGACAUUGCGCUCUGCUGGGAAAACGUACACCAUCUUAUUCGUGGUUGACCUUGUGGUGGGCUCUUUUUCCCUCGUAAGCCUCAUUGUCGCAGUGAUGGCCUUGGUGUCUGUGGAAGAGAAGCAGGUGGAGAUGGCUGAGGCCAGGCAGAAGGACAAAGAGUAUGCUCACAUAUUAAAGAUACUGAAGAAAAAAGUGCAGGAGGUGCCUGGCACUGCUUGCCUCACCAAAAAGCAACAUUCAUCAGCAGAUAUGGAAGAGUGUGAGGAAGAGCAAAGGCCCUGUUUACCGUGUUGCUCCACUUUCACCAACAUCUUUCUCAAGUGGACCUGUUGCAGCAGUUGUUGGGCUCAACAGCGACUCCACCAUUUUGUCACGGACCCCUUCUUUGACCUUGCUAUUGUCGUGUGCCUUGUGCUGAACAUCAUUUUCAUGGCCAUGGUGCAUUAUCCCUUGACGCAAGAGUUUGCAGAGCUGCUCACAAUCGCAGAGCUGGUCUUCACAGGAGUUUUUACAGCGGAGAUGGCACUAAAACUUCUGGCCAUGGGUCCCCACUUUUACUUCAAGGUUGGUUGGAACAUUUUUGACAGCAUCAUUGUUAUCUUGACUGUGCUGGAGUUGGGACUGGAAAACAUUUACGGGCUGAAACUGCUCCGUGUGUUUAGGUUGGCCAAGUGGUGGCCAGCCUUCAGCGCCCUUCUAAAGCUCAUUGGAAAGUCGUUGGGGACUCUGAAGCGUUUCACGCUGCUUAUGGCCAUCGUCUGCUUCACAUUUGCUGUGGUUGGAAUGCAGCUGUUCGGGAAGAACUACAAAGAAAAUGUGUGCCGCAUAUCAGAAGACUGUACGCUUCCUCGCUGGCACAUGAGCGAUUUCUUCCACUCCUUCCUCACGAUCUUCCGAGCUCUUUACGGAGAGUGGAUCGAGACAAUGUGGGACUGCAUGGAAGUUUCGGGUCAGCCCGCCUGCCUUAUCUUCUUCACAAUGAUGGUGGUUGUUGGAAAACUCAUGGGUGUGAAUCUGUUCCUGGCUUUGUUAAUAAACUCAUCAAAUGGAGAUGUUUGGGGUGACUCAGAGGGAGAAAGACAAAACAAUCUAUUGAUCGCCUUGAAUCGGAUCAAAUCCUGGGCCCUGGAGCGGACAGGCAAGAAGACAGGAAGGAAGACCCAAUCCAGAAUCGAUCUAAACCCUCCUGUAUUAGGACUUAAGAGUGAAGAGGAGAGCCACAAGGAGCUCUUGCCGCUUACUUUUGUAAGCUCAGAAGAGCCAGAGUCAGAGGUCAAGGUCGUUGGCUAUAAUAAACCCUACAAAACUGCUUCCCAAGCAUCAGGAAAUGAAGCUGCUGAUGAAAAAAAAGAUUUGCAUCAUGGCGAGUCACCAGAGUGCGUGUGCAAACGUGAUGAGGGAAACACCCCUCCCAAGUGCUUCGGUGACGGGUGUUACCAGUCCUGUCCAGUCUUGAACAUGGACUCCUGCCGGAACGGACUACGAAUCUGGAUGAAUUUGAGACGAUCCUGUAUGUCUGUGGUUGAACACACAUGUUUUGAAGCCUUCAUUACUUUUGUGAUCUUGCUGAGUAGUGUAGCACUAGCAAUUGAAGACAUCCAUCUGGAGAGGCGACCGCUGAUCAGGAGCAUUUUGCAGUACGCCGACCAGGUGUUCACGUGUAUCUUUGUGCUGGAGAUGCUUUUGAGGUGGUUCUCUGGAGGAUUCAAAAAGUACUUUACCGAUGCUUGGCGCUGCCUAGAUUUCCUCAUUGUGCUUAUUUCUCUGGUUUCCACGACUGUCGACGUUCUUGUAAUUUCCAAUGUUCGAGCCAUCAAUUCUCUAAGAAGCCUCCGACCUCUGAGGGUCUUGUCUCGCUUUGAAGGCACGAAGGUGGUGGGAUCAACGCUGUUUGGAGCCAUCCCACCCAUCUUGGAUGUAUUGCUCGUUUGUUCCACUUACUGGUUGAUUUUUAGCAUCAUGGGAGUGACAUUGUUUGCAGGAAAGUUUUAUCACUGCAUAAACGACACUUCGGAAGAGUUAUUUCACACCCAAGACGUCAACAACAGGACAGAUUGUCUCAUGCUGAUGGAGCAAAAUUGGACUGAAGUGCGCUGGAGCAAUCUCAAAAUCAAUUUUGACAGUGUGGCCAUUGCUUACGUCUCGCUUCUGCAAGUGGCGACUUUUAAGGGCUGGCUGGACUUGAUCUAUGCAGCGAUGGACUCCAGACAGAUUGAGAUGCAGCCAGAGUACGAGGCCAACGUGUACAUGUCCCUAUAUUUUGUCUUUUUUAUCAUCUUCGGGGGCUUCUUCACCCUCAACUUUCUCGUCGGCACCAUCAUUGAGUACCUCAAGCAGCAGAAAGCAAAGUUGGGAGGAACAGGUCUGUUCAUGACCAAGGAACAGAUGAAAUGUUAUAAUUCCAGGAAGGCCAUAGACCUUGGGAAAGCCCGGAAGUCUGUUCCCCGGCCGCAAAAUAAGAUUCAGGCGCUGCUUUUCGACCUUGUGACAAAACGCUCCUUUGAUGUACUCUUCACGGCGUUUGCUUGCCUCCAAUUGGUCGUCAUGACGACUGAAACCUGGGACCAAAGCUUUGAAAAGGAAACAAUUUUAUUCUGGAUCUACUUUGCCUUCAUAGUCAUCUUCUUAGCAGAGUGUGUCAUGAAGAUCAUUGCGCUGCGACGGCAUUACUUUUCAUUUAGAUGGAACAUCUUUGACUUCGUGCUGGUCAUCUGGUCUAUUUUGGGUUUGUUUCUGACAGACUUAUUGGAAAAGUACUUCAUCCAUCCGGGUCCACUCAUCAUUGUGAUUCGAUUGACUCGUGUCAUCCGAAUCCUUCAUCUCUUCCGUUUUUCCAAGGGCGUACGAAGACUCCUCUACGCUUUGAUGAGGUCACUUCCUGCACUUUUUAACAUUGGACUCUUCCUCUCCGUCAUGAUGUUCAUAUUCGCAGUUUUUGGCAUGAAAAACUUUGCUUAUGUGAAGAAAGGAGCGUUGCUUGAUGACAUGUUUAACUUUGAGACAUUUGGGAACAGCAUCAUUUGUUUGUUAACGAUCACCACAACCGCCGGGUGGGACGGUUUGCUCUUUCCCAUCAUGAGAACUCCACCAGACUGUGAUCCCGACAUGGAAAAUGCUGGGACAUCUGUUGUGGGAGACUGCGGUAGUCCAGUGGUGGGCGUCAUCUUCUGCGUGUCCUACAUUACCCUGUCUUUCCUGGUUGUGGUCAAUAUGUACCUUGUCGUCAUUUUGGAAAACUUCAAUGUGGCUUCCGAGGAGAACGCCGACGAGGUCUGCGAGUCCGACAUUGAGAUGUUUUGCGAAACCUGGGAGAGGUUUGACCCACACGUGUCACACUAUAUUCACUACAGCCAGCUGUCGGAGUUCUGUGAUAAUCUGAAAGAUCCACUGAGGAUUCCCAAACCAAAUAGUAUCAAGGUGAUCAGCAUGGAUUUGCCUCUGGCAUAUGGAGACAAGAUACACUGUCUGGACCUCUUAGUGGCCCUCACUGCGCAGGUACUGGGAAUUUCAGGAGAAACGGAUAAUCUAAGAGCCACCAUGGAGGAAAAGUUACUGGCCUGCAGCACCUUCAAAGUUAUGGGAUCCUUUCAACCAGUCAGCAGCACUCUGAGAAGGAAGCGAGAAGAUAUCGCUGCAACUGUCAUCCAGAGAGCGUACCGGAAACACGCGACAGCCAAAACGGGAGAGGCCAAUCGGAUCAUUUGUCAUGACGGAGAUGAAGAGGAGUCGGUCCAGGCGCGCCUUGCUGGUCUGCUGUGAGAACCUGAACCAAUGCAGUGUUGCCUUCUUUCUUGAUGAAGUUCAGCACUUUGAGAUCAACAAAAUAUUCCUCUGAAGAAAUGUAUACUGUAGAAUCGUACUAAUAUUUCCAGUUUUAAAAUCACACAUACUACUUUAUUAACCUAAAUGAGAAGACCAAAAUCACAUAAAACACAAUUUAUUAUUGGCGCUUUUGUUACAGGUAGAAUAAUCGAAGUGUUUGUGAGAGGAGCGGGCUUUCUAGUAACAGAAAAAAAAAACAAUACGGAAUGCAUCAGCAUCGUGUCCUAUUCAUUGCGCCGAUGUCCACUCUUCCACGCUGGUUUCGGUGUCAUUUAUUUCACUACCUUUGUGAUGCAGUCAGAGUCCUCUUUGCCUAUGGACGAUAGACUGAACAAGUAAUCAUUCAAAUGUACAGUGGCUUCAAACAGGGUUACGUUAGGCUGUCUGUCUAACCCUAUUUUGCAAAGUGCCAAAGUUUGAAGCCACAACAUCACAUGACUGAGUGCCAGUUACUGUAGACUGACGACCAACGUAGUAACUGAUAUGCAAAGGAUACGCAUAUACACGCGAUACUGUAUACUGUGCAUUGAGGGUUCGGUAUGCAUUAUUGUUGAUGCGAGUUCAUCUUGAUGCACGAUCAGGCUUUGUUUGGAGCAUUUGAGAUGAUUGAGGAAGCAAAUCUUUAUUUUUCAACUUUGGAAACUAAUUUUUUUCAUGUAUUGAUGAAACAAGUUACGUUAUUUGUUUUGUUUACAAAAUACUAUUGUAAGUACAAAUACAUGAUAAACAAUGCAUGUGUAAAUCAGA